AACGCUGCACCCCUCUCCCCCGCCCCGCCCCUCUCUCUCUCUCUCUCUCUGCGUCCCUUCCUCUCUCGCGCUCUCUUCCUCCAUGAGAGAUAAAUGGGGAAGUAUAUGAGGAAGGCCAAAACGACAGGCGAGGUAGCUGUUAUGGACCUCUCCCUUGGUGUCCGUACCCGCGCCAAAACCCUAGCCCUUCAACGCCAAGCCAUAUUGCCUCAGCCUCCUCCUGCUCCUGCUCAGCCUCCUCCGCAGCCUGCCUUUGGGUACCUCCAGCUCCGUAGCCGUCGCCUUGUUAAGCCGCCGAUUCUUGUACAUGAUUCCAAGCGGCAAAAACAUGGUCACAAUAAAGAGGCGCAAAACCCUAACGCUAAUUCGAUGGCGGGUUCGAGAGUGCGGGUGGGUUCUACGGAUUCCGGAACUAAUGGGGCGGGUCAAAAGAAGGAUGUGAAUGGCGAAAAUAAAGAAGAGGAUAUACAAGAGAAGCACAAUGACGGCGAGCAUAACAACAAUAACGAUACCGAUAUUAAUGAGAGCAAGGAUUUGGGCAUUGAGGCUUCGUUUGGAGAGAACGUUUUGGACAUUGAAGGUAGAGAGAGCACUCGGGAAUCCACUCCUUGCAGUUUGAUAAGGGACCCAGAAACCAUUAGAACCCCUGGUUCGACUACUAGACCUGCCAGCUCAACUGAAAUUAGCAGGAGAUUACAGAACUCCACGCGUAGACACAUUCCAACAGCACAUGAAAUGGACGAGUUCUUUGCUGGAGCUGAACAAGAGCAGCAGAGACAAUUUAUUGAGAAGUAUAACUUUGACCCCGUUAAUGACAAGCCACUCCCUGGACGUUAUGAAUGGGAGAAGCUGGAUCCUUAGAAGACAUUAGUACUCCAUCAGUACCUGUCCUGCAAAUUAUCAGUUGAUCUUGAGCUUAGGAUUUUUUAAAGUAGCAGGAAUUAGUUUUUAGUUCUAAUUGUGAUGGUGUUAUUUCCAUUUUCCAUCACCCUUCUUUUACUUGUAAAGAAAGAAGUAGGAUUAUCAAAACUGUGUAGACUAAUGGUCUGUAACAUAACGGGGGUUAGAGUUACACAACAAAUACAAAUCAAAGUCCUUUGUCUAACAGAUCAUCUGAGGGGGGGAGGGAAAGAAGAGGGUCUAGGGUUAGGUUCAGUCAAUUAGGUCAGUCUUAUCUGGUACAGAAAUUGUCUAGAUUUCCUUUGUGUACUGUAUUUUCCUCCCCUUCUUUUGUCUAUACUUGUAGUGAUGGAACUCUUAAAAAACCCUUUUGGAAUAAAAGAUGACCCGUUCCCCUUCUUCA